CUCAGUAGACGCUCAUAUUUUUCCUUUUGGAGGGAAAAUACAGUUUUCAGCUUCAAACUCAAAAACAGCUUUAUCAAAAUUCAACUUUUUGAAUCGCAAUUUCAUUUUAUUUUUCUCCAUUAAUUUCGUCAAAUUCGCUAUCGGUUUGUUUCAAGAAUCGCACACGCAAUCGCAGUUCUCUGAAGAUUUUGGAAAAUUCUGGAAUUAUCAGCCGGUUGAAGUUCUAAAUACGCAGGUGAUUGUUGCUCCAUGGAUAUGCCCUCUUCAUCAUCUCAAGGGGGUGAAAACGCAGUUGUUCGUUCGAACACGAUUCUUAAGAAAAGUAAAUUCGUUCGAGGUAUAACCAAGGUGUUAUAUUCGCUCUGCUAUGAUAGGGAAGGGAAGAGUCUAGAGAAAGAGGCCGGAAUAGAGUUGCAUGAAGAACGAGUAGAUUUGUUUAUCGAGCAAAUAAUUGAUGGUCAGUGGGAUGAAAGUCUAUCUACACUGCGUGAAAUCGGCAAACAUGUUGACAAGAAAUCCUUUCUUGCAUUGGAGAAGAAAUUUUACGAACUUUUAAUUGAUGACAAAGUCAUAGAAGCUUGUAAGACUCUCAGGCUCGAGAUCGCUCCACUUGAUGACACUGAUGAAAUAACUCGUGAGCUCUCUUCUCUGAUUAUAUCUUCAUCCCGGAAUUUAUGUGGUCAAGAAUCGGGAAUCAGGCCCCGUAAGAGAGUAUUAGAGGAUUUGGGAAAUCUGCUUCUCCCUAGAAAAUCAUUGAAGCCUAGUCAUCAACAUGGAAAAGACAAGGUUCCGCAUACAACUAUACAGACAUUUAUGAGUCACGGGCCGGGUGAAGUGUGGUUCGCGCAAUUUUCUCACUGUGGGAGAUACUUGGCUGCCACCAGUGGCAAUGAUGUAAAUAUAUGGAAGUUUCGGGAGUCUGGUGGGAUUAUGCGUCUGAAUCCAUUAGUGGGCCACGUCCAACCUGUCUCGUAUAUUACAUGGAGAAAACCCAAUGAUCUUCAACUUCUGACCUGUGGUGUAGAGGAGAACGUGAAGCGGUGGAAAAUUUCUCCCAUAGGAGACGUCUCCUGUCUGCACACGUACCGAAAAGAGAAUCUCGGUACAGUCUCGUGCGUGUGGGCCCGAAAUGGGGAGAGUAUAUACGCAGGUCUUGAUAACGGCAGUAUUAUCAAGUGGAAUCUGCAAGGAGAAGAGGUUGGAUUAUGGGAUGCUAGGACCACGAGGAUUGCUGACCUGGCGAUCACUCUUGACGGGAGGGAGCUCAUAACUACCCGUGAUUACAAUACGAUACUUUUCUUCCGAUGGGAAGACGAGGGCGAGAGAUUCCUCUACGAAGAUGGCGAUAUAGUUUCGUUUUCAAUGUCGGAAGAUGGUUGUUAUUUGCUUGUUUGCUUGGCCGAUGAAAGAAUUAAUCUGUGGAACAUACGACAUGAAAAUCCCCGGUGGGUGAGGACUUACGAGGGGCAUAAACGUAAAAGAUACGUUGUGAGGGCUUGUUUUUGUGGACAGUUUAUUGCCAGUGGAAGCGAGGACUCCAAAGUAUACGUGUGGCAUAGGGGAACGGGAAGGCUGAUUGGUGUGUGUGGUGGUCAUUUGGACACUGUGAACUGUGUGAGCUGGAAUGAAGUUCGUCUUCUUAUGCUGGUUUCUGGAGGUGACGAUCGUAUCGUACAAGCAUGGAAUUUUGAUCCCGACGAGUGUGAGAAUGUUUUGACAGGAGAACUUAAUUACCAGCUGACGCGAUUCAGUCAAUGGAUGAAUGAAUGGAUCAGCCAAUUGUAGAAAGAAAGGUAAAGAUUUGAUCAGGAAAGACAAGAAACUAUACUCUUUUGCAGUUGUUGUUUCAUAUGUACAGCUUUUUUUU